AUGUUCCCUUUUGCCAUUCCGUAUCCACCAGAACAAGUACAUGGGUACUGGGGUAUUGCCACUUCUACUAUUGAUUGGUGUGAAGAAAAUUACGUGGUAUCGAGAUAUAUUGCUGAAGCGGUCAACACAGUAACCAAUUCAGUAUUUAUAGCCCUUGCCUCGUUUGCGAUUAUCCAUGCAUACAGAAAUAAACUAGAACCAAGAUUUUUAUUCUCAGCUUUGGGGUUUUUACUAGUCGGUAUUGGAUCGUGGUUAUUUCAUAUGACCUUGCAGUAUCAUUUUCAACUAUUGGAUGAAUUACCUAUGAUCUAUGCUACUUGUAUCCCAUUUUGGUCAGUAUUUGCCGAGUUUAAAACAAAGAAACAAUCAAUGUAUAUUGGAUGGGGAAUAUUCACAGCAGCCAAUCUUUUAACAGUUAUAUACUUAUACCUUAGAGAUCCUACAAUUCACCAAGCAGGUUAUGGACUUUUAAAUGUUUUAAUUAUUCUUAGGUCUACGUAUUUAAAAGGGAAACACGUUCAUGACAAAGUGGCUGGAAAGCAAUUGGAUAGAACUUGUGUGCUUGGUAUUGGCCUUUUCUUGUUUGGCUACUUCCUUUGGAAUUUAGAUAUUCAUUUUUGUGAUUUUGUUAGAUUAACAAGAAGAAAUUGGGGAAUGCCAUAUGGAUUUGUCUUGGAAGGACAUGGAUGGUGGCAUAUCUUUACUGGAGCUGGUGUUUAUUGUUCGUUAGUAUAUCAAGAAUAUUUGAGAUGUUUCUUGACUGGAACUGAAAAGUUUUAUGAGUUCAAAUGGGUUGGAUGGUUUCCAAUGAUCAACUGUAUAGAUAAAUUCGGGCUUGAAAGACAUCGGUCAGUUCAAAAAUUGGCAGAACAAGAUGCUGUUUAUUAUGAACAGUAUAAAAAGGAUAUCUAG